ACGCGCGGCCAAUCAGUCGUCGCGGAGGGUCAGUGCGGCGCAGGCGCAACGCUCGGUCGGUCGUUCCUAUUUCAAAAUUAAACAAACAUGGCAGUCGCGCGCGUAAAUUAAAUUGCCGUUGCGUUUGUUUUUUGGUUUUGAUUUUUUAAUUGAUUUGUUGUGGAAAAUAUUGUUUGGUGAAUUGAAAGUGUUUGUUCCGGAUUUGAUUUGAUUUGUGCCACCUUGUGAAUAUGUCGUGCGCGCGCAUCUACGGCGUCCUGCGGCGCUGCAAAACCCUCGACCCUGGCGACGGGUCCACACAGCUGGACCGCUGCCUCGGGCUGUUGGACCUGACGGCGCUGGGCGUGGGCAGCACCCUCGGGCUGGGGGUGUAUGUGUUAGCUGGAGCCGUCGCCAAGACCGUGGCGGGGCCGGCCGUGACCAUCAGCUUCUUGGUUGCAGCUAUCGCGUCUGCGUUUGCCGGCUUAUGCUACGCGGAAUUCGCGGCGCGCGUCCCUAAAGCCGGGUCAGCAUACGUCUACAGCUACGUCAGCGUGGGAGAGUUCAUCGCCUUCACCAUUGGCUGGAACCUCAUCCUGGAGUACGUGAUUGGCACAGCCAGCGUGGCGAAAGGAAUGGCCAAUUACAUCGAUAGCCUGUUCAAUAAUACCAUGGCAAAGACCAUGACGGAGUAUGCCCCGAUUGAUGUGGGGUUUCUGGCGGAGUAUCCGGAUUUUUUCGCGUUCGCGCUCGUGUUUCUGAUUACAAUCCUGCUGAGCAUAGGAGUGAGCGAGUCGACGAAGCUGAACAACGUGUUCACCAUCCUCAACAUGCUGACCGUGGUCGUGGUCGUCAUCGCCGGCGCCACCAAGUGCGACCCAGCGAACUGGCGCAUCGACGUCUCCGAAAUCCCCCCAGAGUACCAGGGCGCAGCUGGUGCGGGAGGGUUCAUGCCGUGGGGGCUGGCCGGGGUCAUGGCAGGCGCCGCUAAAUGCUUCUUCGGCUUCGUGGGCUUCGACUGCGUGGCCACCACGGGAGAGGAAGCCAAGAACCCCAAGAGGGAUAUUCCGCUGUCGAUUGUGGUCUCGUUGAUCGUGAUCUUUGCGUCGUAUUUUAGUAUUGCGACGGUGUUGACCAUGAUGUGGCCGUAUUAUCUGCAGGACGCAGACGCACCAUUCCCCCACGUUUUCACCGAGGUAGGCAUGCCCGUGAUCAAGUGGCUGGUGACCAUCGGCGCCAUCUUUGCUCUCUGCACGAGUCUGCUGGGCGCCAUGUUCCCUCUGCCGCGGGUGCUGUACGCCAUGGGCACGGAUGGAGUGCUAUUUAGACCUCUGGCGAAGAUUAACAAGAAGUCGCAGACGCCUAUUCUGGCGACGAUCUUGUCGGGGUUGUUUUCUGCGGUGAUGGCGACGAUCUUCAACCUGAACCAGCUGAUCGACAUGAUGUCCAUCGGCACGCUGCUCGCCUACACCAUCGUGGCCACCAGCGUGCUCAUACUGCGAUACGAGGAGGAGUCCCCGCUGCCCCCGUCGGAGCUGAAGCCGCGCUCGCUGUCGGCGGCCGCGCUGCUGCAGCAGACGCUCAACCUGCUGGGCCUGAAGCAGCCCACCGCGCUGUCCAGCAAUAUAGCUAAGGCUACCAUUGCUAUUGUUUUCGUGCUAGCCCUAGCCACCUGCUCGCUCAUGACGUUCACGGGCAGCAGCGGCGUGAUCUCCGCGGCUCUAGCAGCUCUGGGAGCGCUGCUGCUGGCUUCCCUCGUGGUGCUGUACCGGCAGCCGAGGCAGGACACCAAGCAUCUGUCUUUCACGGUUCCGCUAGUCCCGCUGGUGCCGUUCCUGUCGGUGUGCAUGAACGUGUACCUCAUGGUGCAGCUGGACUACCAGACCUGGGUGCGCUUCAUCAUCUGGCUCGUCUGCGGUUACCUAAUAUACUUCGGCUAUGGAGUACGAAACAGCUCAUUAAAUGAGAACAACAAACCAGUGACAGAAGUGCCCGAGAAGAAACUUAACAAAAAUGAGUUUACGACGAAAUUCUAGACAAAAAUGAAGUCAUGUGAUUGUGUGUAUGACUAUAAACUAGAGAAGCAGAGAUGCUAUGAAAUAUCUUUCCUUUUCACAAGCAUUGAGAGUGAACGAAAUAGAACGUUGUAUCAAGUUAUGAAAUAUCAAGGACUGCCAUAGA